GAAAACAAUGCCGGAACACACUCCAGCGCCGACUCCACAUAGAGCAAUCUAUGGAUUUGCAUUUUAUAUACUUUUCACGGUGCUAUUCUUUGUAUAUGUGGCGUGGGCCUUUCUACCGGUGGAACUGGGCCUGCACUCCUAUUUGCCGGACAAGUAUUUUGCGGUAUUCGUGCCAGUGCUGAUUAUGGUCUGUGCCUUCUUUGCCGUCAUCAUCUAUCCGGCCAUCAAUCUUUCAUUGACCCCCAAUAUCGAUUCAAUUGCCUCGGUUGUGGAUCUCAAGCUGGUGCUGCCCAAAGGAUCAGAGUUCACCUCCUGGUCGCAACUACAGAAUCAACGCUCUGAAACGACACCCAAACGUAACCCGUCGCCAACCACCACCCUGUGCAAUAUGUGCAAAACGGAGCACGUAGCAAAGACUCGCUCGCCCAUACCUCCACUUCGAUUUCUAGAUCUACAAGAAAUAAACGCCACAUACUACAACUAACAAAAUUGCUUUUAAUAUU